UCGGACACAUUUCCACUUCCGGUUCCGCCGCUCUCUCUUUCCGGUCGGCCAUUUGUCGAAUACGAUUUGUAAACGGCAUCCCAUACAGUCUGUGAGCAUGCAGAACGACGCUGGUGAAUUUGUGGACCUUUACGUCCCGCGUAAAUGCUCUGCUAGCAACAGAAUCAUUGGAGCCAAGGACCACGCCUCCAUCCAGAUCAACAUUGCUGAGGUCGACAAGGUCACCGGUCGCUUCAACGGCCAGUUCAAGACCUACGCCAUCUGUGGCGCCAUCCGCAGAAUGGGAGAAUCUGACGACUCCAUCCUGAGGCUGGCGAAGAACGACACCAUCGUCGCAAAGAACAUCUGAGCGAGCGCUGGAGCGAUGGACACUUUGUAAAAAAAAAUAAAAUGAGUGGACAAAAUCCGA